AUGUCUGCGUUUCUCGAUGGGGCGUACAGCCUGAUCCACCAGGACAAUGCGGCCGACGUCCCUACCCUCAACGACCUCAAGAACCAGCUCGAGAAGGGCAACGAUGAGUCCAAGUUGGACACCAUGCGCCGCAUCCUGGUCAUCAUGCUCAACGGCGACCCGCUGCCGGGCAUCCUGAUGCACAUCAUCCGCUUCGUCAUGCCGUCCAAGUCCAAGCCGUUGAAGAAGCUGCUCUACUUCUACUACGAGAUCUGCCCCAAGCUCGACGCUGCUGGCAAGCUGAAGCAGGAGAUGAUCCUUGUCUGCAACGGCAUACGCAACGACCUGCAGCACCCCAACGAGUACAUUCGUGGCAACACACUGCGUUUUCUCUGCAAGCUCCGCGAGGCCGAGCUGAUUGAGCCCCUCCUGUCGUCGGCGCGCUCGUGCCUCGAGCACCGCCACGCGUACGUGCGCAAGAACGCUGUCUUUGCCAUUGCCUCUAUCUUCCAGCACUCGCCGGCCCUGAUCCCCGACGCGGCCGAGCUCCUGGCGACGUUUAUCGAGACCGAGACCGACCCCACCUGCAAGCGCAAUGGCUUUGCCUCGCUGGCCAGCAUCAGCCACGAGGCUGCCUUGACAUACCUCACAAGCGUGUUCGAUAGCGUGCCGAACGCAGAGGAGCUCUUGCAGCUUGCCGAGAUUGAGUUUAUCCGCAAGGAUGCUGUCCAGAACAGUCACAACAAGGCACGUAACCGCCUUGACCGAGCCUUUACGCGAGGCAUACUCAUUUUCGACCUUCUCGAAGCCAACACGUCCACCGUCGUGUACGAAGCUGCGUCGUCUCUGACGGCCCUGACCAGCAACCCCGUCGCCGUCAAGGCUGCCGCUGGCAAGUUCAUCGAGCUGAGCAUCAAGGAGGCCGACAACAACGUCAAGCUUAUCGUCCUCGACCGCGUUGACCAGCUGCGGAAAAAGAACCCGGGCGUCCUCGACGACCUGGUCAUGGAGGUUCUCCGGGUGCUGCCCAGCCCAGACAUUGAUGUUCGGCGGAAGGCCCUCGACAUUGGCCUGGAGAUGGUCUCGAGCAAGAACGUCGAGGAGGUUGUCCUGCUCCUCAAGAAGGAGCUGUCCAAGACGGUGGACCAGGACUACGAGAAGAACGCCGAGUACCGCCAGCUCCUCAUCCACAGCAUUCACCAAUGCGCCAUCAAGUUCUCGGAAGUGGCCGCCAGCGUGGUUGACCUGCUCAUGGACUUUGUUGCCGACUUCAACAACGCCUCUGCCGUCGACGUCAUCAACUUUGUCAAGGAGGUCGUCGAGAAGUUCCCCAAGCUGCGCGCUACCAUUGUACAGAAGCUCUUCGAGACCCUGAACGAGGUGCGCGCGGGAAAGGUGUACCGUGGCAUCCUCUGGAUCAUCGGCGAAUACUCAGUGGACGAGAACGACAUUCGCGAGGCGUGGAAGCGCAUCCGCGCUAGCCUCGGCGAGAUCCCCAUCCUGGCGUCCGAACAGAGACUCCUGGACCAGGGCGAGCCGGAUGAGGAGACCAAGGAGGUCAACGGCAACGGCAAGCCGGCUGCCCCGACGGGCUCCAGACGCGUGCUCGCUGACGGUACCUACGCCACCGAGACUGCGUUUACGAGCCAGACCUCGGCCGCUGCGGCUCGUCUAGAGGCCGUCAAGGCUGCUCAGAAGCCGCCUUUGCGCCAGCUGAUCCUCGACGGCGACUACUACCUCGCCACUGUCUUGUCCGCGACACUGACCAAGCUGGUGAUGCGCCACUCGGAGAUUUCGCCCGACAAAGCCCGCACCAACGCGCUGCGCGCUGAGGCUAUGCUGAUUAUGAUUUCGAUUGUGCGUGUCGGUCAGUCCCAAUUCGUCAAGGCGCCAAUCGACGAGGACUCGGUGGACCGCAUCAUGACGUCGGUGCGUAGUCUGGCCGAGUUCAGCGAGCACAAGGAGCUCGAGACCGUGUUCCUGGACGACACGCGGAAGGCGUUCCGCAACAUGGUGGUCGCCGAGGAGAAGAAGCGCGCCGCCCAGCUUGCCGACGAGAAGGCCAAGACGGCCAUCCAGGUCGACGAUGUGGUGUCGAUCCGCCAGCUCAGCAAGAAGAACACGCUGGACAGCACGGACCUGGUGGAGGCCGACCUGGACCGGGCGACGGGCGGCGACGCGAGCGGCGCCGAGGACCUGUCGAGCAAGUUGUCGCGCGUUGUGCAGCUGACGGGUUUCUCGGACCCUGUGUACGUCGAGGCGUACGUCAAGGUGCACCAGUUCGACAUUGUGCUGGACGUGCUGCUGGUGAACCAGACGACGGAGACGCUGCAGAACCUGUCGGUGGAGUUUGCCACGCUGGGCGACCUCAAGGUCGUGGAGCGGCCGACGACGCAGAACCUGGCGCCGCACGACUUCCACAAUGUGCAGUGCACGAUCAAGGUGUCGAGCACGGACACGGGCGUCAUCUUUGGCAACGUGGUGUACGACGGCGCCCACUCGACGGACACCAACGUGGUGAUUCUGAACGACCUGCACGUGGACAUCAUGGACUACAUUGUGCCGGCAACGUGCACGGAGACGCAGUUCCGGUCGAUGUGGACCGAGUUCGAGUGGGAGAACAAGGUGAACAUCAACAGCAAGGCGCCGACGCUGCGCGCCUUCCUCGAGGGCCUGAUGAAGGCGACGAACAUGAACUGCUUGACGCCCGAGGCGGCCAUGAAGGGCGACUGCCAGUUCCUCAGCGCCAACCUCUACGCACGCAGCGUGUUUGGCGAGGACGCUCUGGCCAACUUGAGCAUUGAGAAGGAGGGCGAGGACGGCCCGAUCACGGGCUUUGUGCGGAUACGCAGCAGAUCGCAAGGCCUGGCCCUCAGCCUGGGCUCGCUGAAGGGCCUCAGCAAGAUUGGCGUCGCGGCUUAA